CGACAAUCAGUCAAAAUGGCUCCUUCACGUCCCGUCGUACUCAUUACUGGUGGAAGCAACGGCAUUGGGCUAGUAACUUGCGAUCAUCUAGCAUCCAAAGGGACCUUCCAAAUCCUCCUCGGCACGCGCUCCCCUGAAAAAGGCGAGAAAGCUGUUUCGGAGAUCAAAUCCAAGUACCCAGGCAGCACAAUAUCCUCUCUCCAAAUCGACAUCACCUCCGACGAUUCAAUCGCCGCUGCGUUCAAGCACGUCGAAUCUACAUACGGCAAACUCGACGCCCUGGUCAACAACGCCGGAAUCUGCCCCACUGAAUUCUCUCGAUCCAUACUCCGAGAAACAUUGGAAACAAACGUGACUUCGCACGCGGCCGUGACCGAAACUUUCGCCCCUCUACUCUCAAAGUCCUCAUCUCCACGCGUACUAUACGUGUCCAGCGAACUGGGCUCCAUCACGCUCCGCAGCGAUCCGAAGAGUCGCGCUCGCGAUGAAGAGUACAAAGCGUACCGUAUUAGUAAAGCCGCGUUGAACAUGUUGGUUGCGUGCGACGCAUGGGAGCAUUCUGAUUACAAAGUAUUUGGAUAUUGCCCUGGGUACGUCAUCACGGAUCUAGCGGGGAUGAGGGAGGAGAAGAUCAAGCAGGGCUUCGCGCAGCAGCCGGAUGGGAGUGCGAGAGGGAUUGCUGCGAUUGUCGAGGGGAAGCGGGAUGCGGAGGCCGGGAAAUUCCUGCAUGGUGAGGAAGAAGGGGAGGUGCAUCCUUGGUGA